GAGCUGCAGCCUUCAGCGCUCAGCGCGCUCGCUCUGCGCCUCCAUCCGGACAGCUCGGGUUCUCCAGCGGGCGGAGCACAGACAUGCACUCAGGCCACGUUAAGGAGCCUCACGUAGACUGAAAUCUAUUCUAUUUCCAUUAAAAAAAACUCCGACAGGAAUCUGAGAGUACCUUCAAGACGCUUAAUUCGUUCCGUUUCUCCUCAUGUGAAACACAGACCGCGCCAGGUCUGUGUUGAUUUAGCUGGAGAGCUAACGGCUAGGAGACGGAGGAGGAGAACAUGGCCGAGUGUCAGUGCGACGUCUCCGGCCACGGCUCUCGGCGCUGCCCGCUCAGGUCCGCCGCGGAGGGCUCGUCCAAGUGGGUGCGUCUCAACGUGGGCGGCACGCAUUUCUUGACCACGAAGCAGACCCUGUGCCGGGAGCCCAAGUCCUUCCUGUACCGCCUGUGCCAAGCGGACCCCGAGCUGGACUCCGAUAAGGAUGAAUCAGGAGCAUAUUUGAUUGACAGGGAUCCAGUGUAUUUCGGGCCUGUGCUGAAUUAUCUGCGACAUGGAAAGCUGGUCCUCAACAAAAAUCUGACAGAAGAAGGGGCUCUUGAAGAGGCAGAAUUCUACAACAUCACAUCAUUGAUUAAACUCAUCAAGGAAAAGAUUAGGGAACGAGACGCCAAGGUUACACAUACUCCGGUGAAGCACGUCUACAGGGUGUUGCAGUGUCAGGAGGAGGAGCUCACUCAGAUGGUUUCCACCAUGUCAGACGGCUGGAAGUUUGAGCAGCUUGUCAGUGUAGGUUAUGGGCGGGCACAGAAGUCAGAAUUUCUCCUGAUUGUGUCUCGGGAAGUGAAGGGGGAGGAGUCAAGUCAAACUCACCUCGCCCACAGCGGAGAGCUGGUCAACAUUGGUUCCUCCUAUAACUAUGGUAGCGAGGACCAGGCAGAGUUCCUGUGUGUUGUCUCCAAAGAGCUUCAUAACCAGUCAUAUGGUAACAACAGCCAACCAAGUGAGAAAGCCAAGAUUCUUCAGGAGCGAGGGUCUAGAAUAUGAGCUUCUGAAAUGCCCAUGCAUUCAAACAUAUCAGCACCCAAACCGGAAUAUUCCACGAGCAUGUUCAAAACAUGUAGCAUGGCCACGGAUACUGACACUCCAAACCUCUUACAACGCGCAGACUGCGCGUGAAGAAUGCACGAACCACAUGAGCACGCCAGCACUGAGCUGGUCUACUGUAGUCAAGUCUGUAUAUGCAGCAUAUUUUUCAAAAAUGAAAGGCCCUGCACAGUGAUUUUGACCUUGCGCUGUGGUUUCAGUAUUCUAGGGGAGUCAUAUUAGAUUUGGUAGAGAAUUGUCAAUUAUUUCAGAUUAUUUCUCAGCCUAAGAUGGCACAACAUUCACUCAUUUAAUAAAAAAGGUCAUAGCGUACCACAGACUUUUUAGUAGAACAAAGACAUAAACUUUACAAAAUCACUGUGCAAGCCUUUAAACUAUAUUUAAUUUUGAUAUAAGUGGUUAUAACUGCACUUUUAGCUUAUAAUGAUUCUGUGCUGUAAAGGAGGAAAACAUGACUGAUCUACAUCUCAGGGAUCUGAUCCAAACAUGGAAAAAGCAAACACAAUCAGUUCUCUCUCUGGCCGCUGUUCCCGUAGGCCUUAAUCCAGCCUUCUGUAGUUUUACUGCUGUAGCCCUCUAUUCUGUAAAACCCACUUUUGAAUGCAACAUUUCAUAAAUAAUGUUUAUUGUGGAGAGAAAUCCGAAGUUUAGGUUAACCCAUGAUUUGGAGAGCCCUUUGGGGAACUGAUUCAACUGCAUUCCAGUUCAGUCUUUGCACCCAAGAUAGGUGUGUCCUCAGGUUUACCCGUGUGUUCUCAUGAUUCCAAAAAAUGUGGUUGUAAUACUACUACUGUUAUUAAUAAUAGUAAAAUGUAUUGUACUCUAUGAAUAUUUCCAGUUCAAAGUUAGAAUAAUUCUGUUAUUAUUCAAAAAAUAUGUUUGUAGAAUUUGGUUACCCAUUUACUAAGUGACAAUACUUUCUGUAUCCUAUCAAUAGUGGGAAAUAAGGUAGAAAAACAUAUUUGUAGAAAAUAAAGCAAGGAGAGCAGACAAUCAUUUGCUCUUGCAUUCAAGCUGUCUGACACACCACAUUAGAUACUCCAACUUAUUUUGGAUCAUAUUAAUGUACUUAUAUGAUACGAUAUGUAAUAUCCAGAAAACUAAUCCUGUACUCCUAUAGAAUCUUAAUUGUGUAUAAAAACUUGCACACUGUGAGUGAGGGAAGUUUCUGCUGACUCGCAUGUGGACCCCCAAGAAUGGCACAGCACAUGUAUGCGAGCUGUCACUCUUUCACUUGCGGUACACAGACUGUUAUGCUAUAAACCGGUUUUUAACAAACA